GAAAAGAAUGAAGAAAACGGGAUGUUGGUUGCUUGGGCUGGUCGACUAUUUUGUUGUCUUAGAUGUUUUAGCAAUUGAUGGUUUUGAAAUCAGAGAAGAACCAGAAGAUACAGUUAUCACACAACUUGGUCACGUCCAUACUGCUACUCUCUACUGCAAGACAAACUCUCAAGAUAAUUUGACAAUCACUACUUGGUACAAAGAUGACGUCAACGUAGAAGAAGGAAGUUUACCUUUCUAUAACAUAACGAAAGAAAGUCUUGUAGUUCAAACUACGAGUUUCAAUGAUCCCAGAGAAAUUCUAGAAGGAUUGUAUUAUUGUGUGAUCAACAACGGGACGGCAAACAUCAGAAGCAAGAGCGCGUACAUUAGAGGAGCACGUUCUAUCUUAUUUAAUCCUCCAAAGAAUCCAUUCUCUUCCAUACAAGCAACAGUUGUAGUAGCUCAAAGUGGUUACCUACAACUACCAGUAUCGGACAACAGACCUUUCUGGUUAGUUGAUUGUGAAAGUUUCACUAUCAUUUGUACGUCUACAAGCUGUCCAUUUUGGCAUGACGUAUCUGUGACUGGUCAACUUGUCGUUUCCUCCGUCCUUCGCAUUAGAUACAGUGAAAUCAGAAACAACAUUGACAAAUGUAGAAAUGAAAGCACAAUACGUGUCAUCGGUACAAUUGGAACACCUCGAAUGGAAGGAGCGUUUACCUUUAAAGAUACUAUAUCAUUGGUUCCAAGGGCUUAUAUUAUUAAUAUUAAAAAUCAAAAUAUUUUUGUUAAAGUUGGCAGUAAUGCAACCCUUUACUGCAUAUCCACUCAUAUUAGCAGCUCGUACACGUGGACUACACAUGGUUCUGUGAUUGUUGUUGAUAUGAAAAUCUCAUUGCUCAUUGAUGGUGUGCUGCACAUACAAAACGUGACUGAACAAGACAGCGGACAAUAUGAAUGCACUGCUACCGCAACAUUUUCAUCAUUUGGCGUCCAAACCAGAAAAGUGUCAUGGAAUGUUACUGUAUACAGUUUACCGCGUGUUACUCUAUCUCUGUCUCAACUAAACGACACACGCACUGAACAAGUCUGCAACACAACCAACCUUGUUGUUCCCUGCAUCCUAAAUCAUCUCCCAACUACAGUAAAGUGUCAAGCAAAAGGAUCUUUUCCGAUGUUGAUUCAACUAUUUCGCAACGCCCAGUUGCUGUUAAAGCAAAAAGUGACGAAUGCCGAUCAUACUGUGCAGCACACAAUUUCAUCUCCUCGUUCAGGAAUCUAUCAAUGUAUCGCUAGAAAUGAGUAUGGCAGCAAACAAUCAUCACUCUACGCAACAGUAUCAGGUGUUGUUCCAACUGUUUCUGCUACAAGUCGCUCAUCAACAAUUUCAGCUACAUUUCCAUCGAUGUCACAAUUUACUGCAUCUGACUACGUGACUACUACAUCUCCACCUCACACAUUAGUGACAAAGUCAUCAAAUCAUUAUUCUAGUUCAUCAACGUCACAGCAUCUGCCCACAAAUUCUAUCGAUAUUUCGUCAAAAAGCAGGAUCUCUAUUAUCUCCACCAGAUCUACUCUUCCUUCAUCCCCUUCACAUCCAGACACAACAGAGUCGUCAACAAGCAAGCAAGCAAAGACAGAAACUUCAUUUACACCGACUGCAUCCUAUCUGUCUCGUCCGGUGUUUACUCCAACAGUAAGAGCGCAAACUGACUUCCCGCCAUCACUAACCUCAAAGACUUCUGCAACAUCAGAAGCUACUACGAGUAGGUCACCUACGGGAUCACAAAGUGACGCAGGUGGUGGACAAGAAAGUGCAAGAAAGUCUUCAGAUCUGACGGGUGUUGCAGUAUCAGGAUGGGUUGUAUCCGUCUUGUUAUUUGGAGUUAUACUUAUUAUGAUAUGGAUAAUUAGAAAACAUCGAGAAUCUAGUCAGAAAAAGAGCGAAGAGACAACAAUGAGAGAAAAUCCUGCUUACAAUUUUAUAUCAUCACACGCUAGAGGAGGAACGGCUCCAUCAUCGACUGAUGUUGUACAGUACGAAGAGGUAGGAAUGGAUGCAACUAAACGCCAACGUUCCUACGAGAACAUUGCUAAUCUCUGACGACGCAAAAACAGACAGAUGUAGAACAUCUAGCAGACAAAUGUAGCUCAUCAAUCCUAUCAGCACGCAUGCUAAUCAACAACUACACUACUAGAUAGUACUGUUUUUCAAGUUGUAUGUACACGUUUUUCUUCAUUAUUUACAAUAUACAUCCGUUUA